AUGGGCUUACCAUCUAUCAAGAACAUCCGCAAGGCGGCCUACCCAACCAUCGACCCUAAGCGGCCAGAGAACAGCCAGGCUGGCCGAACAGUCCUCAUCACCGGCGGCCACUCUGGUAUUGGAUAUGCCAUUAGCAAAGCCUUCAUUGUCGCAAAUGCUAAGCGAAUUAUAAUCUUUGGUCGCAGAGCCGAUGUUUUGGAAUCGGCUGGUGAAAAGCUCACUGCAGAGGCCAAAGAACUUGGAUCACCCACUGUCGUAGAUACUCGCAGUGGUGACAUUGCCAACCCCGCCUCUGUCAAAAAGUUGUUCUCUGGCCUGAAAGCAGAUGGCAUUAUCCUGGACGUCUUGGUACUUAACGCGGCAACGGGUGGAACGUCAAAAAAGAUGGUCGACAUGCCUUUGGACGAAUUUUGGGGCGACUAUCAUAUCAACGUCCGCUCUACCUUUGACCUGAUUCAACAAUUCUAUCAUCAAGAGUCUGAAGGUCCAAAAUAUGUUGUCAAUCUUUCCACUCUGAUCGCGUAUGUCUGGCACUUGUCAGGGAAGCCGUCAUACGGAUUGACCAAAAACGCCAGCCUGGGCAUCGCCCAGCAAUUCGCCCAAGAACACACGGCAGAAGAACUGCAAAUCAUUAGCUUUCACCCCGGUGCUGUUCUCACGCCUAUGAGUCGCGCAGAUGGAUUCGAUGAGAGCUCUCCGAUUAACUGGGAUAAUGCGAAAGUUCAGCUGCUAACUCGUAGAGAAGAAAAUUUGCCCGCUGCCCUAAGUGUUUGGGCCGCCACUCCCGCCGCUGCCUUCUUGCAUGGCCGCUUCAUUUGGAGUAACUGGGAUGUUGACGAGCUUAGAAGUGGCGAGGCAGCCAAACUGAUUGACAGCGAUCCCAAUUAUUUGAGGAUUGGUAUCAGUGGUCUCACAGAGAAAGAUGCGGUUGCCACGCUUAUGAAAAAGCCUUAA